UCUGGUGACGCAAGCAGGCCGGCGUCGCCGUGGACUGUGCGUGAGUUACGUCCCAUGCUGUUUACUGGUUACUGAGGAGAAGUCAGAGAGAGGAGUUCGGGGCCGCGUCUGAGCCGUCUGUGGAGCUGAGAACACCGCACCCUAGCCAAGGGAGACAGCCGUCUGCUGUAUGCACUUUCACCGCCCGCCCGUUGGUUGCUCCAGCGAUUCUUCAUAGGGACCGGCUGUAUGAUUAAGAUACAAUCUUCAAUGAGUAAGCAUAGCCCUCAGUUCUGUGGUGUUCUUGGUCACACAUUUAUGGAGUUUCUGAAGGGCAGUGGAGACUACUGCCAGGCACAGCAUGACCUCUAUGCAGACAAGUGAACUGUAGAAGAAAUUCAUUACUACUCCACCAAGAAACCCCCCUAAGAGCGGUCAACCUGUUAACGGAGUGUUGGAAUAAAUUUGGCAGCGCACUUUAUAUAAGGGGCUGAUAUCUGAAUGGGGUAAACCUCGGUGCACUGCAUUUCUUUUGCCUCAGUAUUACUGGAUUGAAGAUUUGCUUAUUGUGAGGAGGCUCAUUUCACAUCCAUUGCUUCCAUCCACGCAAGCACUGAGAAAUUUAUGUGGAGUAGAGUGAAGUUUACUUCAGUUUAACAUAAUUUCUUUUCAGAUUAACUUUUUGUUUUUGAUUCACUUUUGAAUAUCGUUGCACGGUUUUUUCCUUUAAUAAAAAUGGCCCGAAUGAACCGCCCUGCUCCAGUGGAGAUAACCUACAAGAACAUGAGAUUUCUUAUUACUCACAACCCCACCAAUGUAACCCUAAAUAAAUUCAUAGAGGAACUUAAAAAGUAUGGCGUUACUACAGUGGUGAGAGUUUGUGAAGCUACUUAUGACACGGCUCUAGUGGAAAAAGAAGGUAUUCAAGUUUUGGACUGGCCUUUUGAUGAUGGAGCCCCACCAUCCAAUCAGAUUGUAGAUGAUUGGCUCAACCUUCUUAAAACUAAAUUCCGUGAAGAACCUGGUUGCUGUAUUGCUGUACAUUGCGUCGCUGGACUUGGAAGAGCUCCAGUACUUGUCGCCCUUGCACUCAUUGAAUGUGGGAUGAAAUAUGAAGAUGCGGUUCAAUUUAUAAGACAAAAACGUCGUGGAGCAUUUAAUAGCAAACAGCUGCUCUACCUGGAGAAGUAUCGUCCGAAGAUGCGGCUACGAUUUAAAGAUUCCAAUGGUCAUCGGAAUACUUGUUGCAUUCAGUAGAAGUUAACGGCUGGCUGCAGAAAAACUGAAUGAGAAAUGCAGACUUGGGCAAAAUCCAAUGCUAACACCUAGUUGAUGCUUUAUAGGUCAAGUAAUGCUUUGGAAAAUGUGUAGGUUACAGCCCAUAGCAGUUGCAAAACUGCUGAUGUCAAAUAGAAGAAUAAUCAUGUAACUGAGCUUGAAUUUGCGUAUUGUGUUUUGAAUUGAUGUCCCUCCUAAUUCUGUAUAAUCAUGCAGUUCUAAAAUUGUCAUCUUGGUUUUCUUAAGAUUAACGUCGGCUGAUGAAGUACACAAUGCCAAAAAUCCAGCACAUCUCAACUUCACUUUCCUGUGCAAUUUGUCAGAUGUGGUUUCUGGCACUAUUUUAACAGGUUGAAACUAUAAAAAGAUUUCAGUAUUUGCUGGCUGCUCACUGUAUGUUUACAUGUUCUGCAACGUCAGGACUUGCACACAUCUAUGGUGUACAGGUGACUUUUUCUUUUCUAAAUUGCCAAUCACUCAGACAUUGAGUAGGCCUAAUGCCAUAUACAUCUUGCUAUCCCUUUCUCCACCUUUCUGUUCUAUAGAAGCACACAGACCACAUAGUAAUUCUCCAGACAAAGCCUUACUGUUUGAAUUUAAUGUUUGCACCCUGUGGUGCAUCUUGAUAUUGGAGGACCUUUACAGUGUAGUUUUUUUUUUCUAGUAAAAUGUUGCCUUUGUCUUGUGCAGGAAGUGUAGAAUAUGCCCCUUUUUUUUUUUUCUUCCGUAAAUAUUUUUAAUAUGUAGAUGCUUUAACGUUGCUGGAUUCUUUAAGGUCCUUUCUUUUACUGUACAUUCGGACAGUUUUACAACAUUUGCUUUGUGAUUUUUUUUUUUUAUUUUACCCUUCCCUUGGGUUCUUCUUUUGCCAAGGCGGAGCUUAUUGUCUGUAAUAUUUUGUAUGCCUUUUGAGCUGUGUAACUUAAUAUUUGGAUACUUAAUUUGUUUAAUAUGUAAUUGAUUAUUAAAAAGUGUUCUGUAUUAAUGUUAGCUCAACCAUAUAUUUAUACUGUCUUGGGAAUGUGUGGUGUUAGUACUGUGGGAGAAAAAGUUACCAGUGUUCACCAGCUUGUAAAAUGUAGUACGAAAGCAAAAACAUCUAAAUAAAGAAGGAUAUUAAAUCUGC